AUGGCAGAAGAAAAUUUACAAGAACACACCGAUAAAUUUGAUGUUGGAAUCAAAGAUCAAUUCGGUGAUUUAAUUGCUAAUAGUCCUAAUCCUGCUAAUCCAAAUCCUCGAAAUAAUAGUGAUUGUCCAAAACCAAAACCGAAAAUGUCAACAGUAGAAGAUUUACCUCCUCCUGUUUCAGUUUCUCUUGAAACACCUACUGUUACACGUCCACCAAAACGGUUCGCAUCUACAUUAGGACCAUAUUAUCAAUUUAUAACAACUGAUUUAAAUAAAAUGUUAUGGAUUGGAAGUGCAUUAAUAUUUUGUGAAAUUUCAUUUGAUCAACCAAAAAUCGAAUUUUUUUGUGAACCAAAAGUAGAUUAUAAUUAUGAAAUAUUAUAUGAAAAUUUAUUCAAUAUGCGAAUUUAUCGAAUUAAUAUAUCUAUUGAAUUACGUGAUGGUGAAGGUGAUGAUAAAAUUUGUUGGAAAAUUAAUUGGGGUAAUUAUUCAACAGAUGGUUUAUUUCAUAUUGCUCGUUAUCAUCAAAAAUGGCGUGGAGGAUUUUUCUCAUGUAAUGGAUUUGAUUCUACUGUACCGGAACAAAUACAAAGUGAUCUUAAACAUGGUAAUGUUUGGGAACAUCUUAAUUCUGUUCAUGAUGAAACACCAUUACAUAUAUUAUUAUGGGGUGGUGAUCAAAAUUAUAUUGAUUUUAUAUUUGAAGAUAUUCCAUAUUUACAAGAUUGGGUCAAUAUGGAAUGGAAUAAAAAAUGGACAAGUGAUUUUCAUAAUGAUUUAAAAGAACAAGUUGAAGAAUAUCAUUUUAAUUCUUAUAUUCAAAAUUGGGAACGUAAAGAAGUUAAAAAUGCUUUAGCAUCUAUACCAAGUUUAAUGAUGUGGGAUGAUCAUGAUAUAUUUGAUGGUGCUGGUUCAUAUCCUCCAUUACUUCAUGAUAGUCCUAUGAUGACAGGUUUAUUUAAAACAGCACAAAAAUUUCGACUUUUAUUUCAACAUCAUACAACAUUAGAAAAAGCACGAGAACAUGGUCUAUUUGGAUAUCAAGGUUAUAAUUUACUUGCACAUUGUGGUCCAGAUUUAGUUAUUAUAGGUACAGAUGGACGUACAGAACGAAAUAUAGAAACAGUUCAACAUGUAGAAACUUGGAAUAUGAUAUUUGAAAAAUUAGAAAAUCAUGUUAUAAAUAUAAAACAUUUAAUUGUUGUAUUUCCUGUACCUUUUUCAUUUGUUCGAUUUAAAUUAGCUGCAUCAAUUUUUCAUCGUUUAAAAAAUCUUCCAAAUAAAUAUCGAAAUAUUCCUAUUGUUAAACAAACAAAUUCAGUAUUUGGUUUACCUGAACUUUAUGAUGAUCUUCUUGAUGAAUGGACACAUGAAGCACAUAUUGAUGAACGUAAUCGUGCAUUAUCACGUUUUCAAGAAUUAGCUAAUAGAAAACGAAUAAGAAUAACAUUUUUUAGUGGUGAUGUACAUUGUUGUGGUGUAAGUCGUUUUCAAACUCGAUUAAAACAUAAUUUAAAACCUAUAAAUGAUAGUAAAUUAAUGUAUCAAAUUAUUUCAUCUGCUAUUGUUAAUAUACCACCACCACGAAAAUUUCUUCGUGUUGCUCAUUAUUUUCGAACAAAAUGGCAUCCUAUAGAAAAUACAGAAGAACAAUUAAUCGAUUUUUUUCAACGUUUACCAGAAGAUGGAAGAAAAUUAUUACAUAAAAAAUUACUUCCAAAUCGUAAUUGGUGUUACUUUGAAAUAUGUGAAGAAACAAAUCCAUCUGUUUAUAAAAUUAUUAAAACAACAUUUUGUUAUGGUUUUUGUCAAUCUAAACAACGUUUUACUCCUGCUAUUGAAUUAGGUCCCACAUCGACAUCUGAUGGUCAUGGAGGUACACAACCACCAAUACAUCAGCAUUCUCAUAAACAUGCUUGUAAAGAAACUAAAGAAGCUGGCCAAGAAGAAAUAGGAACACAAACUUUAAAAAUUAGACUAUGGUUAGAAAGUAGUGAAGAACAUAAAGAAGGAAGACGUUUUGUCAGCUAUGAAUUAUUAAUCCCAAAUUUAGUGUAA